CAAACUGCAGUCAGAAAAACACACACAGUCACACACCGGCGGAAUAACAGCACGGACCGUCGCUGAAGGUGUAAAACAAAGUCUUUAUAUUGUGGGAGCUUCUCUUUUUACUCGGAUAAGGCAGGAAUCGCUAAUUUUUGGAGAGAUGGCCCAGGAGACCAAUCAAAGCCCCGUGCCCAUGCUCUGUGCCACCGGCUGUGGGUUCUACGGCAACCCUCGGACCAGUGGCAUGUGCUCGGUCUGUUACAAAGAGCAUCUAACACGACAGAACAACGGGGGAGUCAGUCCUAUUAGCACAAUGGCAGCUUCCAGCAGUCCUACCUCUGAAUCCUCGGCCAUCCAGAUCAUAGAAGCUACACUAAACUCCUCGUCUGCUAUCGCUGAGUCACCUAGCGGCUCCAGAGCUGCACUUCCCGUUACACAACAGAUGACGGAGAUGAGCAUUUCUUGUGAAGACGAGGGGGUCUUGCCUAAAGUUGAACUUCCUGAACCAGUUGUCGCUCAGCCGACAGCAUCCACCGCUCCUCUGAGCACAGCUGAAGAGACCAAAACCCCCGACGCCCCCAAACCCAAGAAGAACAGGUGCUUGAUGUGCCGCAAGAAGGUCGGCCUGACAGGGUUCGACUGCCGCUGUGGGAAUCUCUUCUGUGGACUCCAUCGCUACUCGGACAAGCACAACUGCCCCUACGACUACAAGGCGGAGGCUGCGGCCAAGAUCCGCAAAGAGAACCCGGUGGUGGUGGCCGAUAAGAUUCAGAGAAUAUAAAGCGCUCGUCAUCGCACCUCGACUUUGUGAGAGAUCGGAUACAAGGACUCUCACUUUGACCUGUGCUCCGAGAGACUAGUUUUUUAAAUUACAGUAUGGGAAAGAAUCUUGUUUCUAAGCCAAUGCAUGAGUGAUCACUUUGUUUCCAGCUUUCUUUUGCUUUCUGUUGAUUGGUAUAUGAGCUUCAAGUUACAACAAAUGAAAAUAAGAGAGCCUUUAAAAGGUGGGAAGCCAGAGACAUUGGCCUA